ACGGGGGAGGAAAGGAUAGUGACACGAGUCCUCAUCCUAUUGGACCGUGGCCUAACAAAUGUAACCAAGAUAGAAAGGAAACACCGAACAAAUCUGUGAUUCAGCAAACGUGUCAGACCAUUUUCGUGUUGUUUUUCCUUGUCAUAUUUCUUGUGCCUCUUCUUCUUCUUCCUCGAAACAAUAUUACAGCAGAGAAACCCGCAGAGAGAGAAAGGAAUAGAAAAUGGCAAGCUCAGUGGAGAAAGAUGAAGUGGUUUCUUUGGAACUGCCGGCUCCUCCUGGAUGGAAGAAAAAGUUCAUGCCUAAGAGAGGUUUAACCCCCAAGAAAAAUGAGAUUAUAUUCACUUCCCCAACUGGAGAGGAAAUCAAUAGUAAAAGGCAGUUGGAACAAUACCUGAAAUCACACCCUGGUGGCCCAGCAAUACAAGAGUUUGAUUGGGGCACUGGUGAGACCCCAAGGAGAUCAGCAAGGAUUAGUGAGAAAGCAAAGGCAACUCCACCAAGAGAACUUGAGCCUGCCAAGAAGCGAAGCAGAAAAUCAUCAGCUUCAAAGAAGGAUAACAAGGAAACAGAAACCAUUCCUGAUGAAACUGAGACAAAAGAAGUUCACAUGCAAGAAGCUAAAAAAACUGAGGAUAAUGCGGAGGCAGAAAUUCAGAAAGAUGUUGUGAAUGAAAAUCUCAUUGAGACUAAAGAUAAAGCAGAAGAUGUCAAUACUAAAACAGAAGAAGCUCCUCCUGAAGGAACUCAAGUUGAGCAAGAUGUUAAAAUACCUGAUGAUGCUGAAGAAGGCAAAAAGAAUGCAGAAAAAGAGCCUGGUGAGAAGGGUGGUGAUUCUGAAGUAGCUCAAAAUGAAAAAGAAAGCACAGAGGGUACAGAAGUUCAAGAAAAUGUGGAUGAAGCACUAGUAAAGGCUGAUAAAGAUGAUGGACCUGGUGAGCACGACAAACCGGAUGCAGUCAUAGCUGAUGAGAAGAAACCUGAGGUGGAAGGAGUGGAAAAAGAGAAAGAAAAUAGAAGUGCACUUGAAUCUGAAGGAGAGAUUAAGGAGAAAGAAUCAGCAAAUGGCAACAAUGUGGAACAACAUAGUUUGAAGGAUAGUGAGAUAAGCAAGAAAGUGGAAGAAGGAAUCGAGAAUGGCAGCCAGGCCAAGCCUUGAGUUAUUUAUAUAUUAAUUUUACAUUGGCUCUCUUUCACCUCUUUAUGACCAUUUUAGAUUUAUGGGUACCCCUGGAUGACUGUAGUUUAUAUGUUUUUAGUGAUAGAAAUUUAAUUGUUGGUGAAGACAUCUGUCUGUAUAAUCUAUAGAUUAGGUCUUUAAUCUAGUAGCUUUUCUUGCAUUGGAGCAACUUGUAGCUUUCAGAGAUCUUUGUAACAUUAUAGUAUCUGAUGCUCGUUCGGAAGACAGUAUGGUAUAGGAUACUUGUACCUUGCAGAGAUCUUUGUAACAAUAUGUAUCCAGCUUCUGAUUAUAUGAAACCCCAGUUGCACCUGGAGGUUAGGAAUUGUCUGUA